ACCGUCCGCGAGCUGCAGCUUGUGCGAAUUCUGGGCAUUUUUCUGGCCAUGAGCUUCUUCUCUAAAAUUCCCGCCGGCUUCUUCCCCUGCCAGGUCCAGUUUCUUUGCUUGCAAAUUCUGGUAUGUGGCAGCCCUUUAAGCCUAAAAUUAUCCAUUUAGUUUGCUGCCUUGUGAUGUCCGAAUUUGGCUGAAAAUUGGGGAUGAAUUCCGGUAGCUUUAGGACAAAGUUUAAGCAUUUAUUCAAGUGGAAUUUAUGUGAUUGAGUGUUAAUUGACUGCUGUGAGAUUUGGGAGAAAAAUCCCGUGAAAUUAGCUAGUGUUUUGGACAAUUAUGGGAGUGAAGUUACUGUUUACAGCACUGUUCACAGCACUAAUGGGCAACAAUAGGAGGGUUUAAAUGUGUGGUUAUAUUGAGAAUAAAAUUGAGAUAUUCCGUCAUAUGGGUAUUAAUUUUUGGAUAUUUGAUUAGGUUCAUAAUCGUUCUGUCAGUUAGCACUAAGAUUGAGUCUUCAGUUUUAUGCAAGUGAGAUAAGUAAAUUUAUGGAAGCGAAAUCGAGGACGAGGAAACUACAAGAAGUGAUGAGUUAGAAGGCUAGCCAUUUCGAGAUUUAUAUAAAUUUUAGAAAUAGAUCAUGAUCUUGUAAGCUAAACUAUAUUUGGAGAUUUUAUAAUAUCAGAGCAGAUUUAUAAUUUUAUCUUCAGAUUUUGAUGGUAUCAGAUGUGAAUUGGACAAGUUCCGAGCCUUGUACAUUUGUGGGACCCUCUCACGAGUGCACGGUGUCUGCCACAUCCCCGGAUUUGGGUUCUGGGGCAUGACAUUCAUGAUACUUAGUUUCGACUACCGACUAAACAAAGAAAGUCAUUUCAUUCAU